AUGGAUGAAUUAUUAUCUAAGGCGGGUUCUCAAGCUGUCACAUUUGCCAUUAAAUCAGGUAUAUCUAUUGCAUCUACCUAUGCUUUGAAAACCAUCACGACCUUUGUUACGCAGAUACCAAAAGAUGAUGCUAGAAGAAUUGACAAGUUGAAGACUCAAUUACAAAAUCGUGUUGAUAUAGUAUCAUCGGCUAUUGAUUUGAUUAAAUUAGUGGCAGCUAGAGGUAAUACAAACUUAGAAUCUACUUUAAAAUUAACAAAGGACCUUAAGGAUGAAUUGGAUAGAUUCGAUGAAAAUAUGCAAGAGUUGACAACGUUGGUAGAAUCAAGCAAAAGUCCCAAGGCUCAAAAGGAUGCUAUUAAUGCCGUUGAGAAAUACAUCAAAGAUCUUUUACAAAGAAUCGAGGGAGUUACACCAUAUCUCAACCUUUCUUUGACAACUUCAGGUGCUACGAUAAGUUCUGUAUUACCACAGCAAAUUUCACCAGGUCUUUUACUGCAGGCAUCUAAUCAUAUAAAUGUUAAUAACUCCAAGGGAUACGGAAAAGUAGGUCCUAAAUUCCAAGUAACUGUUUUCUCCGUUUUUUAUCAAGUGGAUAAGGAUAAAUUUAAUAGAGUUACUUGGAAAGAAGAUAUGAAGAGAGCAUUUGUGCAAGUGAUAAAAAAUGAAAAGGAAUUCAAAUAUGAGCUUAAGAUCGAUCAAAGUUUCGAUGAUGAAAGAUACCAUAAUGUGGAGGACGGUGAAAAACCGCAAUCUAUGACGAUAGAUCUUUGCCAAAUAACCAAAUUAUUCUUUAGCGUUUCUGGUAACUUAUUGAAAUUGGAAGAACAAGAUGCUCCUGUUCUUGUAUUGAAAAUUGAUAAAAACAUUCAAGGAAGGCAUCAUCAUGAGAAUUCUUCAACAGAAGACGUCAUAUGGCUCGCACUAGGCGGUUAUGAGGAGACAGAGACGGAUGGCGAAGAAUCUGAAGAAGAAGAGGAAUCUCAAGACGAGGACGAGGACCAAGAAAAAAUUGAAGCUUCAAGUUCAAUUACACUUUUAGAAUACGUUAUACGACUAGCAUCCCUACAAGAAACUGAUAAGAAAAGUAUUUUAGAAGUUACUGAUGAAAGGCUUUCCACAUAUUUGAACGAUGAAAAUCCAAAUUCAAUCAGAGAACAAAAUGCAGAUGUUAAGGUAGUCACAAAGAAUAUGGAAAAGAUUAAAUUAUAA